GUACCGACUGAUCUUGAAGCCCGACAACACCGCGAAGGUGGAGAUCGACGGCGAGAGCAUCUACGAGGGCUCCCUGAAGGAGGACUGGGAGCUCUUGGCGCCCAAGGAGAUCAAGGAUCCUGAGGACAAGAAGCCCAGCGACUGGGUUGACGACAGCAUGAUGGAUGACCCUGAGGACAAGAAGCCAGAUGGCUGGGUGGAGGAGAAGCGCAUCGUCGACUCUAAGGCCACCAAGCCUGACGACUGGGACGACGAGGAGGAUGGGGAGUGGGAGGCCCCCAUGAUCGACAAUCCCGACUACAAGGGCGAGUGGACUGUGAAGCGAAUCUCCAACCCAGCCUACAAGGGCUUCUGGGAGGCCAAGAAGAUCGCCAACCCGGAAUACGUCGAUGACGACAACCUCUACAAGUACGAGGACUUCGGCUUCAUCGGCUUCGACCUGUGGCAGGUGAAGGGCAACACCAUCUUCGACAACAUCAUCAUCACCGAUGACGUGAAGGAGGCAGAUGCCUUCGUGGAGAAGUGGAAGGCCCUCAGUGAGGUGGAGAAGGCCAAGAAGAAGGAAGAGGACGACAAGAAAGCGGAGGAGGCCAAAAAGGCUGCCGAGGCUUCCAAGGAGGAGGAGGAGGAUGAUGAUGACAAGGACGACGAAGAGGACUGA